AUACUAGUCAGAGUUUGGAGUUGCCGGCCGGCAAGUGAAGCUGCUAGACGUAUAAUAAUAUAAUUAUUGAAAAUGUUGAGGAACUUAAGUAAACUAGUUCAAUCGCAAAAGGCCAAAUUGGCGACUGCUGCGCCGGCUCCUCAGUCAAAGCCUGAGAUUCUAUACACAGGACUUUUCAUCAACAAUGAGUGGGUAAAGUCAUUGGAUGGGAAGACAUUCCGAACAGAGAACCCAGCGACUGGCCAAGUGAUUGCAGACGUCCAACAUGCUGGUAAGGCUGACGUGGACCGUGCUGUACAAGCUGCUAAGGAAGCCUUUAAACUUGGCUCACCAUGGCGAACAAUGGAUGCGUCGGAGCGCGGCCGACUGAUCAACAGACUGGCUGAUCUUAUCGAGAGAGACAAAGCUUACUUGGCUAGUUUGGAAACUCUGGACAACGGCAAGCCAUACCUAGCAGCGUAUCAUGGCGAUGUAAAUGGCGUGAUCAAAAAUCUACGUUACUACGCUGGUUGGGCCGACAAAAAUCAUGGGAUGACGCUCCCAACUGAUGGGAAAUACUUCGCUUAUACGAGACAUGAGCCUGUUGGUGUAUGCGGACAAAUUAUCCCUUGGAACUUCCCUCUGCUUAUGGCGUCGUGGAAGUUGGGCCCAGCAUUGGCAGCAGGCAAUACCUUGGUGCUCAAACCUGCUGAACAGACCCCACUGACGGCGCUGUACGUUGCACAGCUCGUCAAGGUAUGACUUUUCAAAUUGUUCCCCCU